CUAGCGGAGCAGGAAGGCUUCCACUCCGAGCCGAGUCUGCGGGUCCUGGUGUUGCUGCUUCGUGUUCCCGCCGGCGCCGUCAUGCUUAAGAAAUUCGACAAGAAGGACGAGGAGUCGGGUGGAGGCUCCAACCCGUUUCAACACCUAGAGAAGAGUGCGGUACUCCAGGAGGCCCGUGUAUUUAACGAAACUCCCAUCAACCCUCGAAAAUGUGCCCAUAUCCUCACCAAGAUCCUUUAUCUCAUAAACCAGGGGGAACAUCUGGGGACCACCGAAGCAACUGAGGCCUUUUUUGCCAUGACCAAGCUCUUUCAGUCUAAUGAUCCCACACUCCGUCGGAUGUGCUACCUGACUAUCAAGGAAAUGUCCUGCAUCGCAGAAGAUGUCAUCAUUGUCACCAGCAGCCUGACAAAAGACAUGACUGGGAAGGAGGACAACUACCGGGGCCCAGCUGUGCGUGCCCUCUGCCAGAUCACUGAUAGCACCAUGCUGCAGGCCAUUGAGCGCUACAUGAAGCAGGCCAUUGUGGAUAAGGUGCCAAGCGUCUCCAGCUCCGCCCUGGUGUCCUCUCUGGUGUGUAUCUGCAGGUGGGAUGGAACCUCGGAGAAAAUCUCAGAACCACUCUACCAUUAGAAGAAAAGUGUUGAAGCUGCCAGCAAAUCUUCAGUCAUGGUAGGGAGUUACCACGCACUGGGGCUUCUGUACCAUGUGCGCAAGAAUGACCGCCUCGCUGUCAGUAAGAUGAUCAGCAAGUUCACCAGGCAUGGCCUCAAGUCCCCCUUUGCUUACUGCAUGAUGAUCCGGGUGGCCAGCAAGCAACUGGAGGAGGAGGAUGGCAGCCACGACAGCCCGCUGUUUGACUUCAUCGAGAGCUGCCUGCGCAACAAACACGAGAUGGUGGUGUACGAAGCUGCCUCAGCCAUCGUUAACCUACCUGGCUGCAGUGCCAAAGAGUUGGCCCCGGCUGUGUCAGGUGACCACACCCUUUUUUAUACCCUCUUCACGUUUGUUGGGGUGCUUGUGAGGGGUGGGGCCCUGGCCCAGGUGGUGGUUGUCCAGGCCAUCAGCGCCUUGUGUCAGAAGUAUCCUCGCAAGCACGCCGUCCUCAUGAACUUCCUGUUCACCAUGUUGCGGGAGGAGGGUGGUUUUGAGUACAAGCGUGCCAUUGUGGACUGCAUCAUCAGCAUCAUUGAGGAGAACUCGGAGAGCAAGGAGACAGGACUGUCCCACCUGUGCGAGUUCAUUGAAGACUGCGAGUUCACUGUGCUGGCCACACGCAUCCUGCACCUCCUGGGCCAGGAGGGACCCAAGACCAACAACCCCUCCAAGUACAUCCGCUUCAUCUACAACCGAGUGGUUUUGGAGCAUGAGGAGGUCCGGGCAGGUGCUGUGAGUGCCCUGGCCAAGUUUGGAGCCCAGAAUGAAGAGAUGCUACCCAGCAUCUUGGUGCUGUUGGAGAGGUGCGUGAUGGAUGAUGACAAUGAAGUAAGGGACCGAGCCACUUUCUAUCUCAAAGUCUUGGAGCAGAAGCAAAAGGCUUUCAGUGCAGGCUACAUCCUAAAUGGUUUGACUGUGUCCAUCCCUGGUCUGGAGAGGGCUCUACAGCAGUACACUCUGGAACCAUCGGAGAAACCUUUUGACCUCAAGUCUGUCCCCUUGGCCACCACACCCAUUGCAGAGCAGAGAACAGAGAGCACCCCCAUCACAGCAGUCAAGCAGCCUGAGAAAGUGGCAGCCUCUCGCCAGGAGAUCUUCCAGGAGCAAUUGGCAGCAGUGCCAGAGUUCCGUGGAUUAGGGCCCCUCUUCAAGUCCUCGCCUGAGCCUGUGGCCCUCACCGAGUCAGAGACAGAGUACGUCAUCCGCUGCACCAAACAUACCUUCACUGACCACAUGGUGUUUCAGUUUGACUGCAUUAACACACUCAACGACCAGACGUUGGAGAACGUCACAGUGCAGAUGGAGCCCACUGAGGCCUAUGAGGUGCUCUGUUAUGUCCCGGCCCGGAGCCUGCCCUACAACCAGCCGGGGACCUGUUACACACUGGUGGCACUGCCCAAGGAAGACCCCACAGCUGUGGCCUGCACAUUCAGCUGCAUGAUGAAGUUCACUGUGAAGGACUGUGACCCCACAACUGGGGAGACCGAUGACGAAGGAUAUGAAGAUGAAUACGUGCUGGAAGAUCUGGAAGUCACUGUAGUUGAUCAUAUUCAAAAAGUUAUGAAGAUGAACUUUGAAGCAGCCUGGGAUGAAGUAGGGGAUGAGUUUGAGAAAGAAGAAACUUUCACUCUGUCUACCAUCAAAACACUUGAGGAGGCUGUGGGUAAUAUCGUGAAAUUCUUGGGAAUGCAUCCCUGUGAGAGGUCAGACAAAGUACCGGAUAACAAGAACACCCACACGUUGCUCCUGGCUGGUGUGUUCCGGGGUGGUCAUGACAUCCUGGUGCGCUCCCGGCUGCUGCUUUUGGACACAGUGACAAUGCAGGUUACAGCCCGAAGCUCAGAAGAACUGCCAGUAGAUAUCAUCUUGGCAUCUGUGGGCUAAGGGGCCAGUCUUUAGAAGCCCCUCUCCUGCCCAUUUCUCCUCACCACUACACAGAAGUCUUGCCUUCCUGGUGAACCCAGUGAAAAAUCCCUCCCUCAGCUUCUAUAUUCAGAAAUGAUUAAGAAUUGUUUAGGUUUGUUUUUUUUUUAGGUCGCCUGCUGCCAACCACCCCCUGUCCCUGUCCUCCCAUUCCUAAGAGUGCCAGGAUUUGGCUGCAGGGGGAGGGACAUUGUAAAUGAAUAAAAUAUUUAUACCUCUUGAAUUUCACUAUCCUGAAAUCACCAUCUCAUAAAUAAAUCAGCAUGUAUUUAUUAAACAGCU